UACAUAUUUCGGAUUACACGUUACGUUAUAACAAUUCUGCUUUGUGAACCUCAAGAUUUUUCCCAAUAAAUUGAUUCUCAAAAUAUCGUUUUCGCAUCAAAAAUAGCAAAAAAAUACGGUGGAUGCAUGUGGUUGUUCGUCGAUUUUAAUGGUUUUUCGCCGUUUCCGUCGGUUGAGGAACAGUGAAUUAAGUGGAAAUUUAUAUCGCGUAAUUUUGCGUUCUAUGAAAAUAUUUUAAGUACACAAAUACCAUUGAGUGAACAUUGUACAACUCAUAGUAUCGUAAGUCACGCAUACAAAGAAAAGUAGUUCUGUGAUUUUUAAAUAUUUUUUUUUGCUGUCAUUGCUAUGAAGAUGUGGACUCCGCAGUAUGACAUUAUAAUUAUUAUCGAAACCUUGACUGGUUCCGAAUUUGAGAUUACUGUUAGUGCUAAGGAUACUGUUGGAUACAUCAAAUCGCGUAUACAAAAGCAUGAAGGUAUACCAAUCGGACAACAACAUUUACUCUACAACCACAAAGAGCUCAACGAUGGAACCGAAAUGAGAGACGUUCCGUUGGUCAAAGGUUCACGGCUUAAAUUAGUCCUAGGAAUGAAAGGCGGCCCAGUGUCGGCUCGACGCGUUGUUACGCUACCCGAUUACGACAGAUGGUUCGAUCUAAACGAUAUUCUAAAUACGUCUAGACAAGAUCCGUUAACAAUUAGCACACCGAAUGUGAAACUGUUGGUGUAUAAAGAUUCGAAGAAGAACAUACACCGGGUGAUGAAACUGAGGGCUGAUCGGAAAAGUUCGUUGAACAAUCGAAGCGCGGAAGUUGAACUUCCUGAAGAUCAGGAUGAUCAAUGGCUCAAAGACAAUAUUCACACAAUGGAGAAAAUGCAUCAGCUACGAUCAAAAUUGGAAUCACAAAAGAAAUGCAAAAAUUCAAACCAACGUCAGAAGCAACAAUCAAACGAUGAUGAUACUAAAUCGAAAAUUGCUGUUGGCGCUGUGGGUGAUCGUUGCGUAACCAAAAAGGACAAUAUCGAUUUGCCAACAACAAAGUCUACCAUCGGCGAUGGUAUCUACAAAGCAUUACGUCGUCUACAUUUUCCGCCAUUGAAAACGGCGACCUCAGCACCAACCAAUUUGAAUCACACAAAUGACUACGCAUAUGGAGAUCGUUAUGGAUCGUCGGUGGGAAUUAGUUUGUUGAAUAAGCAUGGGAUAGCAAAGACAUGCAUUCGGCCUCCAUCGUUAAUAGCAGCGCAGAAACAAGCACGUAAAAGUCCGACACCGCCAUUAGCACAGGACAGGUCUUUCGACUUUACCGAUUACUUCAACGUCAAUUCGAAAUUAGGCUUUGCAGCUAAUGUCAAUCAUUACGCUGAAAAUCGUACCAAAAUUCGCGACAAUAUUCGUCGGAAUCGAUCCUUCAAGGCAAUCAAUUUCAACGAUUUAAUCGUGGAGGAGAAUAGUCAACAACCGAAACCGCUUACGUUUGAAGAGCUGCUCUGUAACAAUUUGGAAAAAUUGGAAAAACUUAGCUCAACCAAACUGAAAGGCGACACAUUAGAUGGCCCAAUAUUGGCGAAAAACAAUGUAAAUUGUUUGGAAACCAUGACCAAUGCUGAUGGAAAAAGCGAUAGUCAAGCGUCGAUAGGAAAUUCUUUGUUCGAAAAUAAAUUGUUUUCCGAACGACAGCAAUCGUAUUCGUUGAAUGGACGUGAUAAGCGUCCGUGUUCCGGUGAAUUCAAAAUUGAUAGUGGAACAGCUUCGAGUGGAUGCGGUGGCGGUGCAAUGGAUAGCUCGUUUCGAGUUUUUAAGAUGACGUCAGAAGCUAAAAAUUGUUACGAGUUGCCGAAAUUGUUGAUACGUGAAGAUUCGCCGGUCGAAUCGUUUCACUCAUCCGAUCCGCAAUUGGAAACCAUAGCGUUGCGUGGCGAUUCACCGAAAAAUGUGCUGGAUUCGUUUGCAAAAAUCGAUACGGACGAUGGCUCACUGAAAUCAUUACCGGAUGACAGAAAAGACACAACCGAUGCAAUACUAAAAUCACCGUGGAGCCAUCAUCAUUCCGAUCUUGGCCUAAAUAAUCUGGAAUUAAAUUUCUUAAACGAUGAACUGUCGGACUGUGAGGGUGCGUCGUGCCUGAAGAAGAGCAAUUCUGUGUUGAAAAUUGCGUCCAAUUUGGAGAUCAACAAUUGGAAAGCGACCAAUGAUUUUGAUAGGAAGUUGCCACCGUCUAUGACUGAAUUGGACUUUGUGACCAGUGACUGUGAGAGUGACGAUGAAGACAGUGCAUUCAAUAAUUCAAUUUGUAUGCACAACAAUGCCAAAUCGAAAUCGGUGGAAUUGAAUGAAUUUCGAAUGAUGUUUGGCAGUAGUCCGACUUUGCUGAAUAUCAAUCCGGUCACGCAAACGUCAUUCUUAGACGCAGUUCCUUUUCAGUACCGUCGUGGCUACACAAAUUUAAACGAUGCGUGCCUUUCAAGUAGCACAUCGGAUUUGGAGUGCUUUCACAGUAACGAUAAGAAAAGUGCUAAAACGAGUCGCGUCAAUGGUGUUGGUUCGAGCCAAGAAGUAUCAUCAUUGUUGCGUCAUCGUAAUAACGGCCACUUGGACUAUGUACGUAGCUACGAGAAUUUAGAUAGAGCAAAAAUAGUUAGAAUGAAAAACGAAAAACGCGCUUCGAGCAACGGCAGUGGAGUGAGUAGCGGUUCGGGAAUAACGCGAAACGAUUGGAAAUUUCACAAUCAUUUCGAGCGGGAACGUGUACAGGAGGAAGAUUCCGGCGACGACUAUAGCUACUCAAAUUUAGGUUACGACAAUACAGUUGGCAGUGUUUCUGGUUUUCCGGUGGGCUAUCAGUCAAACGAGAGUCUAUUCAACAUUAAUUUCGAUUCACUCGAGGACGAUGUGUUCGAAAUCAAUUCGAAACUCGGUUUAUUCGAAACGUCCGACAUACAAGCGAAUAGCUCGUCAUUGCUGUUGGAGGAGAAAUGCAAGACGAGUCCGUUUCUAUUUUCGGAUUUGUCAACUUUGAAAAGUGCAACGACUAGUGAUACGAUAACCGAAGCGCCUACAUCAACAGCAACACAAUCGGCAACAACUAACAAGUCAACAACAAUAGCAAGAAAAUCACCACCCCCGAGGCCAAUAUUUAUCGCAAAACCGACAACGCCAACACCAAAAUCGCCUUCCACACCGAAAAAGCCGCAAAAGCUUCGAUGUGUCCAAUGCAAUAAAAAGCUGGGCGUCAUUAUGGUGAUGAAAUGUCAUUGCCAGAAGGUGUUUUGCGCUCAGCACCGCUAUGCCGAAGCGCAUAACUGUUCGUACGAUUUCAAACAAGAGGGAAAACAGAUAUUGGCACGUGAGAAUCCGUUAGUUGUUGCUCAGAAAUUGCCAAAAAUAUAAAAGCGCUUUAGUUAAAGAACAAAAAAAAAUUAAAAAAAAGAAAAAAAAAAUCGGCUAACAGGACAGGGUGAUGAAUAUAAUAUCCAAUUGGCUUUAUAUAAUUUUUGUUAUUUGAAAUUUUCGUUGUUAACAAACUUGAGAAUCAAUAUUUUUUUCAGUUGGAAUGGGCGUGUGCGUGAUGAGAGACCGAAUAGUAUCAACGAAGAAAUCACACAGGGGGUUGACUAUAAAAAUUUGUUAAGUAUAUCAAUCAAUCUAAGCAAUUUUCGCUUUACUUCAAAUUGCAUUAUAAAAAAACUAAACUUUUUAAAUAUUUUUUUUUUUUAAUUAAAUAUUUUUGUUGUUUUCUAAUGGAAAAGAAAAACUAAUCGACAACGCCAUUUGUACACUAUAUAUAUCUCCGAAAAGGCAAUACAUAUUUGAAUAUUGAGUAGCACGACUACUAAAACUGGGAUGAAGCAGAGAACGAUGAUGAUAAUAAUAGAGUUUUUGUUGGACAUUUUUAAUUUAUUGCUUAAAUAUACAAAAAAAUUAGGUAGAAACGAAUAAAUUGCAACCUUCCACGGACGGGUAUGGUAUAUCAACUGUCUUAGACAGAAAAAUAUUGCUGAAACCGAUAAAUCAGAAGAAUCCGCAUCAAUCUGUUGAAAACAUUUUGAUCAAAAGAAGUAAUAGAUUCGAUGAUUUAUACAGCAAGCAUACCGUCGGUGAAAGGUUAAUAGAUGCAUAGAGAAAAACGGUAAACUUGACAUGAAACCAAAUCAUUUUUCUGACGGGACAGAGACGAUUUCGGAAAGAUUGGAAGCAAACCCAACAUCUUCAGCACAAGAGAAAUUACUUAAUCUUUGGAGAACGAUGUUGAUUUUCUGUGAUUUUUUAAAUUACUGCCUUGGAUAAUUUGGAUAAAAAACAAUUUCCAGUAGAAAUAACAAAAGAAUUUUAAGUAAUUUUGUUUGUUAUUUCAUUGGAAAUUGUUUUUCUUCCGAAUUACGGUAGAUUUGACACGAUUUUUUAGAGUCAUUUCUCCUCUGAUCAACAGACAUUCUCGACUGUAUGUGAAGAAGAUUCAUAGAAAUUAAGAUUUUUCUUGUUUGUUCAUUUGAUGGAAAUGGUUCUUUCAAAGGAUUCACAAUGGACAUGUAACUAGUCACUGGUCCACGGAUGCCACCAAGGGUGUGACACUAUUCACAUAUAUUUUUUGUCGAAGUGUCUAGGGGGUGGAUGCCACCGAACCACAUUUAUUGUUUCGCAUAUAUAACCUGCCACAAAAAUGACACUUCGGUUGCUGCAAAAUUACGUGACUUGCGGUACAGAAAAAAAACUUUGGUCUGGCUUCAGAUAGUCUUUUUGAAUAGUCAUUUAACGCCCUGCGAGUUAAGUAUCCAACAGACUCAAAGCUUGAGCAAUUUUUUCUUCAUUUAUUGUGUCACAUAGUCUGUUCCAAGGUCGAAGAAAAUGUGAAACGUAAAAGCCAACACAACCUCACUUUGAAGUUUUUACAAAAAAUGAAUAAUUUGCGGUUAUGUUUGCUUCUGUGGAACGGUCUGCUGACUUCGGUAAAAUUCGUUUUUACCGCUCAAUGGAACAGACAUAUGUCGGAAAAUUUUAAAAAUGUUGGUGCUGUGCUUGGUAAUCGUUACAUGAUCCCUCGAGAAUUUUUACGGUCCAAAACUGCACCUUACAAAUAUUUCCGUUAAAAUUUUCCAUGACUCAGUCUCUUACCGAUACUAUGUCAUUCUUACAAUAUUCUCUUACAACAACUCAUCCACACUGCACUUUCCUCGAAAUUCGCUGCCCGUUCAUUUCGACUGUUUAGGCCUGUACAAAAUUAUAACGAAAUUCUUGAUUUCAUGUGAAUUUUACUAGAUUAGAACACCUUUAUACGACAAAUAGGUCUAAUUUGACACAGAAUAGAUUACCACCUCGAAUUAGCCACACACUUGUUGCUGAUAACACAACACAAGGAACGAAAGGUGCACUGUGAAAAGAAAGAAAGAAAGGAAAUUGAGUAUGGCUAUUCAAUUUUUAUGGACUAGUGGAAUAAUAUUUUGAGCAACCAAUUGUUCUGGAACAGAUUUUUUGUUUGAUCACAGUAACAUUUUCUCUUAGUCUAAUUGAAAUGAUAGCCAUGACCGAUUGAAUAAUUAAUUGUAACCUACCAGCAGCCUAUAUAUUUUAUUAAAUUAAGCAAAUGAUAUUGAAAUAUUAUAUUAACAUUAGAAUAACGGAAAA